GGCUCUGCUCGCGCCGCCCGCUCCCACCGGGCGGGGAUAAAUCCCAAGCGCGGCAGCGGCGGUGCUCAGUUGCUGAGGGGAUUUAAAGGGACCGGAGCCGCCGCGCCGGAGCCUGGUCUGCGCACCCCGGGCACUCGCAGCAAGGAGAGUAGGUUAUUUUUGUUUAGAAGUCAUGAACUGGCACUUCCUUCUCCUCUUCACCGCCAUGACUUUAACAUCUGUGUGGUCCCAGUUCAAUCCUUUAUCUCUUGAGGAACUAGGCUCUGACAUUGGAAUCCAAGUUUUCAAUCAGAUAGUCAAAGCUAGACCUCAGGAGAAUAUUGUGGUUUCUCCACAUGGGAUUGCAUCUGUACUGGGAAUACUUCAGCUGGGUGCUGAUGGCAAGACAAAGAAGCAGCUGACAACUGUGAUGAGAUACAACGUAAAUGGAGUUGGUAAAGUAUUAAAGAAGAUAAACAAGGCCAUAGUCUCCAAGAAGAAUAAAGACAUUGUGACAGUUGCUAAUGCAGUGUUUUCAAAGAGUGGCUUUAAAAUGGAAGUGCCUUUUGUUACAAGAAACAAAGAAGUGUUUCAGUGCAGUGUCAAGACUGUGGAUUUUGAGGACCAAAAUGCAGCAUGCAAUUCCAUUAACCAGUGGGUGAAAAAUGAAACAAGGGGUAUGAUUGAUAAUCUCUUAUCUCCAGACAUUAUUGAUGGUGCUUUGACCAGGCUUGUGCUGGUAAAUGCGGUGUAUUUCAAGGGCUUAUGGAAAUCACGUUUUCAGCCUGAAAAUACAAAGAAACGCACAUUUAAUGGAGCUGAUGGGAAGACUUACCAAGUACCUAUGCUGGCCCAGUUGUCUCUGUUCCGCUGUGGCACAACAAGUACCCCAAAUGACUUGUGGUAUAACAUAAUUGAAUUGCCUUACCAUGGCGAAAGCAUCAGUAUGCUGAUUGCUCUGCCUACAGAAAGCACUACCCCUCUCUCUGCCAUCAUUCCUCACAUCAGCACAAAAACAAUACAGAGCUGGAUGACAACCAUGAUACAAAAGAGAGUGCAAGUUAUUUUACCCAAGUUCACAGCAGUAGCAGAAACAGAUUUAAAGGAGCCUCUGAAAGUACUUGGCAUUACAGAUAUGUUUGAGCAGUCAAAGGCAAACUUUGCAAAAAUAACAAGAACGGAAAGCCUUCAUGUAUCUCAUAUUUUACAAAAAGCAAAAAUUGAAGUUAGUGAAGAUGGAACCAAAGCUUCUGCAGCAACAACUGCGAUUUUAAUAGCCAGGUCCUCCCCUCCUUGGUUUAUAGUAGAUAGACCAUUUGUAUUUUUCAUCCGGCACAAUCCUACAGGUGCAGUCUUGUUUAUGGGACAAAUAAACAAACCUUGAGUAUGGAAAAGGUUUUCCUUAAGAAGCAAAGUAGAGACUCAUUUGAUACAUCCUUGCUAGUUCCGUUAAAUAUUUUUGUACACUACUCUUUCACUUCACUCAAGAACUAGUUUUUAGUCAGCUGUGACUAGAUUUUGAAAAAGGAGUCAAUGUAGUUCUGGUUUUAUGGGAAAAUACAAAUUGAAAACUACGAUACCUUUUCAAAAUGUCUGAAAGAUUCUUUGAAACUACUGAAUGGUUGCCUAUGCUAACAAACUUACUGAGCUUUUUCUGUCCUAAGAAUUUUAUGCAUAGCUUUUGUGGGAGGGUUUUAACAAGAGCAUGACUAAACAAACCAUUUCUGUUAGCAUUGAUUUUUUUCUGUGGAAAAUGUCUUUGGGUUUGUAGAUGUCCCUUCAAUACUAUUUUUGCCCUUGAAUGGCUUGAUUGGGUAUCUUUUGUGGAAGUAGAUGAAAAGCUCUAGCAGUUUAUUUUAUAUAAUGCAUGUACCACUGAGGUAAAGUUUUAAAGAACUAAUGUCUUGAUAGAUAACACAUUUGCAUUGACGUCCUAUUUUACUGUAAUGUAAACUUGUCAUUGCUAGUAUUCACUUUGUAUUGGAUUUAAAUUUUAUAUUUGUUUUUUGUACAAAGAAAAAAAUAAAGUGCAUUAUGAGCAGUCAGAGAUGCCAAGGUAUCACA